AAAGAAUGCUUCGAUUUUCCCACGCGCGCAGCAUCUGCAGCCCAGCCUGGUGAGUUUUCGCGUACUGAGAAGGCUGCAGGAGUUUAGGCCUUAGGGGGAACCAUUGACAGCAAAGCAAGGCCACCUGCCCCUGCUGAAGGCUGCCUUGGUACCCGAGCUGAAGAUGGAAAACUUGGUUGGUCCAAAUGCCAUUGUGGCUGGACGCAGAGAAGAAUUUGGGGAAAGAGCUGUGAGGAAGAAGAUGGAAGCUCUAGGUGACCCUGAAGCAAGAAAAGGCCCUGAUACUAGUGAGGCUGGAAGCAGAGGGGAAUUCUGGGAAAGAAUGAGGCAGAAGAACUUGGGAGAGAAAGCCAGUGGCUCAGAUGCCCAGCGCCAGCACUUCAGGCACUUCCGCUACCAGGAUGCCGAGGGGCCCCGAGAGGUUUGCAGCCGACUCCACCAUUUGUGUCUCCAGUGGCUGAAGCCUGAAAGGCACAGCAAGAGGGAGAUGCUGGACCUGGUGCUCCUGGAGCAGUUCCUGGCUGUCCUGCCCCCGGAGAUGGAGAGCUGGGUCAGGGAAUGUGGGCCGGAGACCAGUUCCCAGGCGGUGGCCCUGGCAGAAGGCUUCCUCCUGAGCCAGGCAGAGGAGAAGAAGCAAGGAGGACAGGUGAGGGGGCUUUCUCCAAGGAGUUGAGAGUGCGAGUGAGGAUAUCCUAAUAAUCCCCUGUGGGUGGAUGGGUUGUGCCCCCCCCCAAUCUUUCUUUGGCCACUCCUCUUUUCUGUCCCCCAGGCCUUUUCCCUGUUCCUUCUUUGGGAUCUUCAUUGAUGUUUCAGACACAGAACCUGUCAAUAGACGUUCCUGCUGUGCCCCCAGAAGGAGAGAUGGUCGGACAGGGGCUGCUCUUCGUGGAGCUCGUGCCGGAGCCUGACCAGCAUGGCCCCUUGUGGAGUAAGGAGACAUGGAACUUCUUUGGACCCGAGUAAAGCUCCAGAACCUGGGGCUGCAUGCAGGAGACAAUUGUCCUCAGAGUCGCUCGUUUGUUUGUUUAAAACUUUUUUUAGCUCCUUCGGUAAGAAUGUCCAAAAGGGCUUUUGGCGUUGUGGCCAGGAGUGGAGAGAUGCCUUUUCAAAUGCACCACUAUUUGGUGUUAAAAUGCACACCAAAUAUAAAAAUGGGGUAUGAAGGGAUGACUGAUCUUCCCGCCGGUUCUGUGUCACCUUGCAGGCUGUGUGAAGACAGCGACAGUCAAUUCCGUGCCAUCGCUUCCUUGGGAUGAACCAGAAGUGGUAGUGGUGGAUCAAACAGAGCUGGGGCAGGGUCUGGUGGCGUUGGAGGAGGUGUGUCUAUAUUUUACUGAGGAGGAGUGGAAUCUCUUGGAUCUGGGCCAAAGAGCCUUGUACAGGGAAGUUAUGGAGGAGAACUGCCAGAAUGUGGCCUCUCUGGCAUCUGAUUGGUGGGAAAGUGAGGGAGAACAAUGUGAGCUGUCCUUCGAAAGAGAUGGCCACAAAAAGGGUGAGCAGGUGGCAAAAACCGAAGUCAAAGAAAAGUUGAUGACCGAAUCAUUUGUUUGGCUGGGAAUGGACUUCCAAAACCCAAUCCAAGAAAAAAUAGAUGAAAGAAAGCAAAAGAAUGUAUGUCAUUUGUGUGGGAAAAGCUUCAGUUCUAAAUCAAGCCUUAAUGCUCACUGGAGAAUCCACACAGGGGAGAAACCUUAUAAAUGUCUGGAGUGUGGAAAGAGCUUCAUUAAGAGUACAAACCUCAUAUGUCAUCAAAGAAUCCACACCGGAGAGAAACCGUUCACUUGCUCUGACUGUGGGAAGGGUUUCUGUCAGAGGAUCACCUUAAUAAGACACCAAAGAACCCACAUGGGAGAGCAACCAAAAACUUGCUUGGAGUGUGGAAAGAAUUUCUGUCACAGACAGGAACUUACUUGCAAUCAAAGAAUCCACACAGCAGAGGAGCCCUUUAAAUGCUCGAACUGCAGUGUGACCUUUUGUGAUCAGUCAAGCCUUAGAAACCACGAGAUAAUUCAUAUGGGAGAGAAAGCAUUUGAAUGCUCAGAAUAUGGGAAGGGUUUCAGUUGCAGUGCAAGACUUAUUUCACAUCAAAAUACGCAGACGGGGGAGAAACCCUACAAAUGCUCAGAUUGCGAAGACAGCUUUUGCAGCGCAUCCAACCUCCUCAGACAUCAGAGGAUCCACACAGGGGAGAAACCAUACAAAUGCUCAGAUUGCGAAGAGAGCUUUUGCAGCGCAUCAAACCUCCUCAGACAUCAGAGGACCCACACAGGGGAGAAACCGUACAAAUGUUCGGAGUGUGGGAAGAGCUUCUGUCGGAGUGAAUACCUUACUACGCAUCAAAGAAUCCACACAGGGGAGAAACCGUAUCAGUGCUCUAGCUGCAGCAAGAGCUUCUGUGAUAAAUCCAGUCUCAGGAAUCACCUGAGAAUUCACACCGGGGAGAAACCUUUUAAAUGCUCCGAAGAGAAUCUGUAUGAAUGCUCUCUGUGUGGAAAGAGCUUCAUUCAAAGUUCACACCUAACUUCACAUCAAAGAAUCCACACAGGAGAGAAACCUUAUAAAUGCCUGGAGUGUGGGAAAAGCUUCAUUAAAAGCACAAACCUUAUUUGCCAUCAAAGAAUUCACACAGGGGAGAAACCGUUCACCUGCUCAGAGUGUGGGAAGAGUUUCUGUCAGAGGAUCACCCUCAUUAGACAUCAAAGGACCCAUGUGGGAGAGAAGCCAUAUACUUGCUUAGAAUGUGGAAAAAGUUUCAGUCAGAAAGAUGAACUUGCUUGCCAUCAAAGAAUCCACACAGGAGACAGACCAUUUAAGUGCCUAGAGUGUGGAAUUAGUUUCAGUCGGAGCACAAGUCUUAGUUCACACCAAAGGAUCCAUACAGGAGAGAAACCAUUUAAAUGCUCAGACUGCAUCAUGAGCUUUUGUGAUAAAUCAAGCCUUAAAAAACACCUGAGAAUCCACACAGGGGAGAAGGCCUACAAAUGUUCAGAAUGUGAAGAAAGCUUUUGCAGUGCAUCAAACCUCCUCAGACAUCAGCGGCUCCACACAGGGGAGAGACCUUUCAAAUGCUCAGAGUGUGGGAAGCGUUUCAGUCAGAGCGAGCAACUUACUACACAUCAAAGAAUCCACACAGGGGAGAAACCAUACAAGUGUUUAGAGUGUGGAAAGAGCUUCCGGAGCAGGUCAGUUCUUACUUCCCAUCAAAGAAUCCACACUGGAGAGAAACCGUUUAAAUGUUCAGAGUGCGGGAAAUGCUUCAACCGAAGCACAAAUCUCACUGUGCAUCAAAGAGUCCACACAGGAGGAAAUGCACAUAAGUCUCUGGAAUGUGUAGACAGCUUCAGGCAAAGCGCACUAUGUGCUGUUCAGUCCCACUGCUGA